AAGUUCAACCUAUAUUUCUCUGUUUGUUUUCAGAUUUCAAUGUACAGCACAAUGUCAAUGGUGAGUUUGUAUCAAAUGCAUGAAAUAAUUGUCUUUAGCUACAUUUGUUCUUCUCCAUCUGUUGCUUAAACUCUGUAGAAAUCCAGUACUGGGAAACAGUUUUUAAACUAUUUGAAAAUCGUGGUUCUCACAACAUGCUAAAUUGCUUACUCUAUUUCCACAGUCCCAGUUCCAACCGAGGUAACAAAUCCCAUUGAAUACAACGUGACUUUCGUUGUUGACAAUCUGUCUAUUGAAGAAAUUCAAGCAAACCCUUCAGAAACAGCAACCAUGAUUGCAAAUGAGCUCACCGAACUGUUCGAAAAUAGCAAUAUCAAUGCUACAUUCUUGACAUGUGUUGUGGAAUCCUUCAGAGAGGAAAUGGUUCACAGCACCAGAGUGACAGCUAAUUGUUCAUUCCAAAAUGUGUCCACCAUGGAACCCAUCAACCGAGAAGUUGUUUAUGCUGAAUUUAGCGAGAUGACUGAUGGCAUUUUCUCACUGGGUUCAUACGAACUGCAAAGCAACAGCCUCUAUGUAGACGAUUUCACUGUACAGCACAAUGUCAAUGAGCCACAAAUUGUUCCUGAACAAAAUAAUCCAAACAAUCAAGAGAAUCCAGUUCCAGUUCCAAUCGAGGUAAUAAAUCCCAUUGAGUACAACGUGACAUUCAUUCUUGACAGUCUGUCUAUUGAAGAAAUUCAAGCAAACCCUUCAGAUACAGCAACCAUGAUUGCAGCUGAGCUCACGGACCUGUUCAACAACAGCAGUAUCAAUGCAACAUUUUUAAAGUGUGUUGUGGAAUCAUUCAGUGAGGUAAUGGUUCACAGCACCAGAGUGACAGCUAAUUGUUUAUUCCAAAACGUGUCCACCAUGGAACCCAUCAGGCGUGAAGAUGUUUACGAUGUAUUUAAAGAGAAGACCAUUAACAGUUCCUCACUGGGUCCAUACGCGCUGCAACGCUACAGCCUCUAUGUAGAUGGUUACACUGUGCAGCCCAUCGCCACGGUUCCAGCUCCAAUCGACUUAACAAAUGACAUUAAUUACAAUGUGACGUUCACUGUUAGUCUGCCAAUUGAAGAAAUUCAAAGAAACCCUUCAGAAACAGCAACCAUCAUUGCAGCUGAGAUCAUAGACCUGUUCGAAAACAGCAUAAUCAAUGCAACAUUUUUAACAUGUGUUGUAGAAUCAUUCAGCGAGAAAAUGGUUAACAACACCAGAGUGACAGCUAAUUGUUCAUUCCAAAACGUGUCCACCAUGGAACCCAUCAACCGAGAAAAGGUUUAUGAUGUAUUUAACGAGAAGACCGAUGACAUUUCCUCACUGGGGCCACACUUACUGCAAAGCUACAGCCUCUAUGUAAACGGAUACACAGUGCAGCCCAUCGCCACGGUUCCAGCUCCAAUCGACUUAACAAAUGACAUUAAUUACAACGUGACGUUCACUGUUAGUCUGCCAAUUGAAGAAAUUCAAAGAAACCCUUCAGAAACAGCAACCAUCAUUGCAGCUGAGAUCAUAGACCUGUUCGAAAACAGCAUAAUCAAUGCAACAUUCUUAACAUGUGUUGUAAAAUCAUUCAGCGGGGAAAUGGUUAACAACACCAGAGUGACAGCUAAUUGUUCAUUCCAAAACGUGUCCACCAUGGAACCCGUCAACCGAGAAAAGGUUUAUGACGUAUUUAGCGAGAAGACCGAUGACAUUUCCUCACUGGGGCCACACUUACUGCAAAGCUACAGCCUCUAUGUAAACGGUUACACUGUGCAGCCCAUCGCCACGGUUCCAGCUCCAAUCGACUUAACAAAUGACAUUAAUUACAACGUGACGUUCACUGUUAGUCUGCCAAUUGAAGAAAUUCAAAGAAACCCUUCAGAAACAGCAACCAUCAUUGCAGCUGAGAUCAUAGACCUGUUCGAAAACAGCAUAAUCAAUGCAACAUUCUUAACAUGUGUUGUAAAAUCAUUCAGCGAGGAAAUGGUUAACAACACCAGAGUGACAGCUAAUUGUUCAUUCCAAAACGUGUCCACCAUGGAACCCGUCAACCGAGAAAAGGUUUAUGAUGUAUUUAGCGAGAAGACCGAUGACAUUUCCUCACUGGGGCCACACUUACUGCAAAGCUACAGCCUCUAUGUAAACGGUUACACAGUGCAGCCCAUCGCCACGGUUCCAGCUCCAAUCGACUUAACAAAUGACAUUAAUUACAACGUGACGUUCACUGUUAGUCUGCCAAUUGAAGAAAUUCAAAGAAACCCUUCAGAAACAGCAACCAUCAUUGCAGCUGAGAUCAUAGACCUGUUCGAAAACAGCAUAAUCAAUGCAACAUUCUUAACAUGUGUUGUAAAAUCAUUCAGCGAGGAAAUGGUUAACAACACCAGAGUGACAGCUAAUUGUUCAUUCCAAAACGUGUCCACCAUGGAACCCAUCAACCGAGAAAAGGUUUAUGAUGUAUUUAACGAGAAGACCGAUGACAUUUCCUCACUGGGGCCACACUUACUGCAAAGCUACAGCCUCUAUGUAAACGGAUACACUGUGCAGCCCAUCGCCACGGUUCCAGCUCCAAUCGACUUAACAAAUGACAUUAAUUACAACGUGACGUUCACUGUUAGUCUGCCAAUUGAAGAAAUUCAAAGAAACCCUUCAGAAACAGCAACCAUCAUUGCAGCUGAGAUCAUAGACCUGUUCGAAAACAGCAUAAUCAAUGCAACAUUCUUAACAUGUGUUGUAAAAUCAUUCAGCGAGGAAAUGGUUAACAACACCAGAGUGACAGCUAAUUGUUCAUUCCAAAACGUGUCCACCAUGGAACCCAUCAACCGAGAAAAGGUUUAUGAUGUAUUUAACGAGAAGACCGAUGACAUUUCCUCACUGGGGCCACACUUACUGCAAAGCUACAGCCUCUAUGUAAAUGGUACAUAUCAAAAUAUUCUUUGAUGUUUCUCUACAUAUUGUACUUGUGCAAUCUACGCUAACUAUUGAUUUAUAGUAACGGUUUUUGGUAUUUACAUAUUUAGAUCAGGGACAACUAGGUAUUGUAGUUUUGCAAAGAGGACCAGAGGACAUGGGUUUAAGGUGAAAAAAUGGAAUAGGAAUCUGAGGUGUCAAAUUUUCACACAAAGGGUGGUGAGUGUAUGGAACGAGCUGACAGAAGAGGUUGAUGAACCAGGGACUAUCGCAACAUUUAAAACAAAGUUUGACAGGUACGUGGAUAGGACUGGUUUGGAGGUGUAUGGAUCAAACACAGGCAGGUGGGACAAUAUUAGCUAGGACAUUGACUGGUGCACACAAAUAGGGCCUUAUUCCACGCAGUAUGCCUCUAUGAUUCUAAAGCAUCCUCAUUUAUAGGAGGUGUGAAAUAGGUGUGAAUCCAGGUGGUGUA